AUGGCUUUCAAACCCUGGAGGGCCCUUCCAGGGUCCGCCCUGCUCUGGAUUCUCAACCUCUUCUCCGCCGUCUCCCUCAUCUUUGAAGGCUACAACCAAGGUGUCAUGGGCGCAGUCAACGGCACACCGGGCUACAUUGACACUGUCGGCAUUGGCUCUGAUGGUGUAGUCAGUAACACCACCAAGCAAGGCGGCCUCGUGGCCGUCUACUACUUCGGCGCCAUGUUCGGAUGCUUCUGUGGUGGGAAAAUCGGAGAUCUCUACGGUCGCAAGAAAGCUGUUGCUCUGGGAAGCUUUCUCGCCAUUAUUGGGGGAGCUUUACAGGCUGGAUCACAAAACGCCAGCAUGACUAUAGUGGCGAGGACAAUUUGUGGUUUAGGUAUUGGUUUCAUCAACACGAUUAUCCCGGCAUGGAUCAGCGAACUCGCGCAAGCACACAACCGAGGUUCAGCAUUUGCCCUUGUCUUUGCUGCCAAUUAUGUUGGUAUUGUGAUUGCUUAUUGGAUCGGCUACGCUCUACGAAACAAUACUACAGACUUCCGCUGGAGAUUUCCCCUGGCCUUUCAAAUCGUCCCGCUUGCCAUCGUUCUGGGCACAGUGGGCUUCCUACCAGAGUCACCCCGGUACCUACUGACGGUGGACCGCCGUGACGAAGCUCUUGAGAUCCUGGCCAAAGUCCGAGGUGACGUCGACUUGAACGAUCCCACCCUCCAGGCUGAGAUCGCUCAGCUUGACUCUAUCGUUAGCUCAGCUCGCAGCCCACGCUACUCUCUACACAAUCUCUUCCUAUGGGGACGCCAUUCCGGCAAACUCCACCUUGGGCGUCGCAUUGGACUUGCCGUUGGGAUCAUGAUGAUGAUGGAGUGGACCGGCAUUCUCGCCAUUACGGUCUAUGCCAGUAUUAUGUUCGAGCAAGCCGGCUUCUCCACCGAGAAAGCGUCUUUGCUUGCUGGUAUCAUUCAGGUCGUCGGUAUCAUCGGAACACUGGCAGCAAUCUUCACCAUCGACCGCUAUGGCCGUCGGCCGUCACUGCUCGUCGGCUUCAUUGUGCAGGGCGCUGUAUUGCUCCUGUCAGGUGGUUUAUCGCGUCUUGGUGAACUUCACCCAGCCAAUUCGGGCGCUUAUGGAGCAGCUUCCGUCGCCAUGGUCUUCAUUUACACUUGGUUCUUCGCUCAGACGGUGCUGAUGAUCGCUUUCAUCUAUCCCACUGAAAUCUGGCCGCAAGAGAUGCGUGCACGCGGAAAUGCAUUCGGUGUGUUUGGAUGGGCUGUCGGCUGUGGUACUACUACUUUGGUGAUCCCGUCCAUGUUUGCUACGUUGGGAUGGAAGACUCUGAUUGUGUUUGGUGCCUUUAACUUCGGGAGUGUGCCGCUGGUGUGGUUCUUCUUCCCAGAGACAAAGGGCAGAAGCUUGGAGGAGAUUAACUUGUUGUUUUGCAGUGAGAGUCCGUUGGUGAAAGAGAAUGAGAGGACGUAUAAUGAGAUCUUGGCAAACUCAGGUGGAAAUGUGGCGAGCGCGGAAAGAGAGAUUAUGGAGGAUCUGGAGAAGUGGAAGGAGUAA